AUGAAAGGCGGAAUCGCAUUGGUCGACCCAAUUUAGAUCCUUUCCGUCUCUCCCUGCAAAAAUUGCGAAAAGAAAAAAAAUUAAAAUAAGGGGUUUUCACCUGAUUUUUGGGGUUCUUCUGGUUAUCCAGGUGUUCGCGAAAAAUUUUUAAACCUUGCGACCGUUGCGACCAGUUCUGAGCGACUGUUCUAACCUCUGAAUCACUCCAAAAUGGCUUCCACCAGCCGACUCAGUGUCUUGGCGAGGUCGUUCUCCUCAUCAUCGGUGUCACGGCAGUUGGUGAAGCCUCCAAUCCAGGUUUUUGGAAUUGAGGGACGUUAUGCCACAGCUCUUUACUCAGCAGCUAGUAAACAGUCGUCACUCGACGCUGUGGAGAAGGAUCUCCUGAAGUUCCAGGGCCUAGCUAAGAGCGAUGCGAAACUCGCCGACUUCUUGAAGGACCCGUCAAUCAAACGCCGCGCCAAGGCCGAGGUUUUCAAGGCAAUUAGCUCUAAAUUGAGCCUGAACCCCGCCACAGGAAAUCUCCUGGUUCUCCUCGCCGAGAAUGGCCGUCUCGGAAUGAUGGGCCAGAUCGUCAAUGCUUUCAAGCAGAUCAUGGCAGCCAACAGGGGCGAGGUAAUCUGCGAAGUGAUCACCGCCAAGCCCCUGGACGCCGACACCAAAGGCAAACUCGAAUCGACCCUCAAACUCUUCCUCCAGAAGGGCCAAACUCUCCUGCUCACCACCAAGGUUAAUCCUGCCAUCAUCGGGGGAAUGCUCGUGUCCAUUGGCGACAAGUACGUCGACCUGAGCAUUUCCACCAAAGUCAAGAGAUACUCUGAUAUUAUUAGAAGUGCUGCAUAAAUCGUUGAAUCAGGGAUGAAGUGAUAAAACGAGAAUAAUCGACUUUAACUUUUUCAAGUAUUUCGAAAACUUCUGGAGAUGGCGGAAUUGAGUCCUAUAAUUUUGCCAUCUCUUUCAACAAAUGUCUGUUUCAUUUUAGAACAGAUCAGUUUUCGAAAAUUAAGAGAAAAUGAAGAGCUUCAAAAAAGUUCUUUAUAAAAGUUAACUUAAAGUUAACUUAAAGUCAACUUCUCAAUUUUCAGGGAAUAUUUUGGAUCUAAUGAAGAAAUUAAUGAAAGACCUUUUUUGAAGCUCCAAAUAUGUUCUACAAACAUGUCCAAGGAAUCACAAGCCAAUGGAAUGUCGAUAGUUUCAGUUCUACCAUUUCAUUCCCGAAACGACUAGAAAAUUUGUUCACAACUCGAGAAAAAAUAAAUCAUCAUUGAAAUGUAGUACCACCCGUGUUGUAUGGAAUACCGUAUAAAUAAAAAUGCCAGAUACACUAUU